GCACCAACCAUGCUGGGUAUGUGGGCCCUGCUUCUUCUUGGAGGCCUGGUGACCCCAUGCCAAGGGCUGCUAGAGACGGUGGGCACACUUGCUCGGAUUGAUAAGGAUGAGCUCGGCAAAGCUAUACAGAACUCACUGGUCGGGGGACCCAUUCUGCAGAAUGUGCUGGGGACUGUCACAUCAGUGAACCAGGGCCUCUUGGGUUCUGGAGGACUGCUUGGAGGAGGCGGCCUGUUGAGCUAUGGAGGGGUUUUUGGCGUUGUGGAGGAGCUCUCUGGGCUGAAAAUUGAGGAGCUCACACUGCCAAAGGUGUCGCUGAGGCUGCUGCCGGGGUUUGGGGUGCAGCUGAGCCUGCACACGAAGGUGGGCCUGCACGGCUCUGGCCCCCUGGGGGGCCUCCUGCAGCUGGCUGCCGAGGUGAACGUGUCGUCGCGGGUAGCGCUGGGCGUGAGUUCUAGGGGGACGCCCAUUCUCAUCCUCAAACGUUGUAGCACGCUGCUGGGCCACAUCAGCCUACUCUCGGGGCUGCUGCCUGCACCGCUCUUCGGGGUUGUGGAGCAGACACUCUUCAAGGUGCUGCCUGGACUGCUGUGCCCCGUGGUGGACAGUGUGCUGGGUGUGGUGAAUGAGCUCCUGGGGACUGUGCUAAGUCUGGUGCCCCUUGGGGCUCUCGGGUCUGUGGAGUUCACUCUGGCUACCCUGCCUAUCAUCUCCAACCAGUACAUAGAGCUGGACAUCAAUCCCAUUGUGAAGAGUGUAGCAGGCGACAUCAUCGAUUUCCCCAAGCCGCCCCACCCAGUCAAGGUGCCCCCCAAAGAAGACCACACCUCCCAGGUGACUGUGCCUCUGUACCUCUUCAACACUGUGUUUGGGCUGCUGCAGACCAAUGGAGCCCUGGACAUAGACAUCACCCCUGGCCUGGUUCCCAGCAAAGUCCCACUGACAACCACAGACCUGGCCGCCUUGGUCCCUGAGACCCUGGGGAAGCUGCCUGCUGGCCAGAACCUCCUGCUUUCCCUGCGGGUAAAGGAAGCUCCCACAGUCACUCUCCAGAGCAAGAAGGCCACCGUCUCCAUCCCGGCUACCAUCCACGUGCAGUUCUACCAGCCCAGUGGGAUCCCUGAAUCCCUCUUUGACCUGAGUGGGGUUAUGACUUUAAAUGCCCAGCUGGCUCCCUCAGCCACCAAGCUGCACCUGUCCCUGUCCCUGGAACGCCUCAGUGUCAAACUGGCCUCUUCCUUCUCCCAUUCCUUCGACGCGUCCCGGCUAGAAGAAUGGCUCAGUGACGUGCUCCGGGUGGCAUACAUGCCAAAGCUCAACGUGGACCUGGGUGUCGGCAUCCCUCUACCUAAGGUUCUGAAUGUCAAUUUCGCCAAUGCUGUUCUGGAAAUCAUAGAGAAUGCUGUGGUGCUGACCGUUACAUCCUGAGGCUAGUGGUGACCACUGACUCUCCAACGACUGCCAGAGUCUUGUCCACUCACCUAUUCUGCCUCAUCUUCCUUCACAGUCUCUGGCCUGUGUCAUUGUAAGGGUACCUUGUCUACCAGGCCCGCCCAGGUACUCUGUCCCUGGCCCAGCUGCUCUGCCCCCCGACUGGGGGUUGAGUUUGCAAGACUGGCCAUGGAGGGAGCUUUGGAGGGAGCUCUGCAGCCUCCGUGGCAAGUCCUGAGCUUCCAAUAAACUGCUUUUCUAACUCAGCA